AUGUCCGAAUCUCUUAACGUGAUCGCCUUGGUCUCAGGUGGAAAAGACAGUUUCUUCUCAAUAUUACAUUGUAUUCAGAAUGGACAUAAAAUCGUCGCUCUAGGAAAUCUUCAUCCACCUCUCACCGAGCCACAAACGGAAGAACGCGAUGGUAUGCACAAGGAUGAAAAUGAUCUCAAUAGUUUCAUGUAUCAGACUGUAGGACAUACCAUUAUACCAUUGUAUGAAGCGGCUCUUGGUAUUCCAUUAUACCGACAAGCUAUUGUUGGCAGUGCUGUUCAAACGGGGUCGAGCUAUGAUGAUGCGGCUCUCACGAGUUCUGGUGCUGAAGAAUUGGGGGAAAAGAGACAUAUGGAUGGAGAUGAGACGGAAUCUCUGGUUCCUUUGUUACAGAGACUUAAAGAUGCGCAUCCUGAAGCAAAUGCCCUGAGCACAGGCGCAAUACUAUCUACAUAUCAACGGACGCGCGUGGAAUCUGUGGCAAUACGCUUGGGACUCGUGCCUCUUUCGUUCUUGUGGCAGUAUCCGAUUCUUCCGCCUGGGGUGCAGAUUUCUCUUCUGCAGGAUAUGCAAGCGGUAGGAUUGGAUGCGAGGAUUAUCAAGGUGGCGAGUGGUGGACUCGAUGAGAGUUUUUUGUGGGAAAAUGUUGCGAGUGAGAAGGGGAUGCGGAGAGUGGAAAGAGCGAUGAAAAGAUUCAGUAUUGAUGGUGAUGGAGCUGUGUUAGGUGAGGGCGGAGAGUUUGAGACUCUGGUUGUGGAUGGACCGAGUUGGUUGUUCAAAAAGAGAAUAGUAGUGGAGACAGAAGACACGAGAAUCGUGAGGGAAGGUGGAGGAUCUGCUUGGAUACAGAUAAGUAAGGCUUCUUUGGCGGAUAAAGAGAGCCUUGAGAACAAGGAAAUAUCUUGUCGAGUACCAGAACUGCUUGAUCAGAGAUCUUCGGAAAUUUUAUCUGCGUUGGACAAAAAUGAUCAUUCCAACGACCUUUCCACAUCAAGCACAUCGGGUAGCGGAUCAUUGGCGUCGCCAACGUGGGAGCUCACAUCGUCUAGUGCUAAUGGCAUUGAAGGCGGCAACAUGCUACACUGGACGAUUGUACCAGAUACUGCCUCUUGUUCAUCGAUAUUAGACGAAGCCGAAAGUGUUGUGGAAACCAUAAAAGCGCGACUCAAUCAAUCAUCAUUGAGAACCACCGACAUCGUUUCGACCAUGAUUAUGCUACGCUCAAUGGAAGAUUUCACAUCAAUCAACAAGAUCUACGGCACGCUCUUCCCUCAUCCCAAUCCACCAUCUCGCGUAACCAUCUCCUGCGGAUCCUCAAUGCCCCUAAACAUAUCUCUAAUAAUCCACCUCACACUGCAUAUUCCCUCAGCUAACUCAUCGCCCCGCAAAGCUCUACACGUACAAUCGCGUUCCUACUGGGCCCCCGCCAACAUCGGACCAUACUCUCAAGCCAGUUCACUUCCCUCCUCACUCUCCUCCUCUCAAACCCUCACCAUCGCCGGACAAAUCCCUCUCAUUCCCCACACCAUGCUUCUCCCCACCUCAUCACUCUCACUCUCACCCCCCUUCCACCUCUCCACCAUCCUCUCCCUCCAACAUCUCCUCCGCAUCGCAGACGCCACCUCCAUCAAAUGGUUUACCAGCGCCUGCAUCUACAUUCCCCCCUCUCCCCCCUCCUCCUCCUCCUCCUCCCAACCCCUCCUCUCAAAACUCGCCUACCUCGCCUGGAAACACAUCCACGCCCUCCCAUCCUCAUCCCCCUCCUCCGACUCCGACUCCGACUCCGACUCCGAACCGCGCGAUCUCUGGGAAGAAAAAUUCCGCUACUCCCACACCGCCCCCCUCGCAACCGACCACGCCACAACCACCUAUCCCGACCACAAUAUCCUGCACUCGGAUACCCCUACAAUCCCACCUUUCUGGACCGCGGAGGUGGAUUCUCUGCCCCGUGAAAGCGAGGUAGAAUGGCAUGCGCAUGUGGGGAUUUGUGCUGGUCCUGUUGAUAUCAAUAAUAGAGAUACGCACGAGCACCGCGGCACUUCGCUCACGACUCCUUCUACGCGUCAUACUGUUCUUACUUUCCCUCACGAUGUUAUUCCUUCAUCUGAUGAUCUUAAAGAUGACGAUGGUAAUCGCGGAUUGAUCCAUUUGGUUUAUGUGGAUACGUCGCUUGUCGAUGUGAAUAAACUUUCGAGUGCAGGAUGGGAAGGUAAAGGGGUGAUACCUUGCAAAAGUUUAUGGGAUGGUGAGGGGAGAAGGUUGAGUACUGUAAUCGUUUUCUGGGGAGAUGCAAAGUAG